UGCGGAGCCGGGGCCGCCGCUGUCAUGGACGCCUGGGUCCGCUUCAGCGCUCAGAGCCAGGCCCGGGAGCGGCUGUGUAGGGCCGCCCAAUAUGCUUGCUCCCUUCUUGGCCAUGCCCUACAGAAACAUGGGGCCAGUCCUGAGUUACAGAAACAGAUUCGACAGCUGGAGGGUCAUCUGAGCCUAGGAAGAAAGCUUCUACGCCUCGGUAACUCAGCAGAUGCCCUUGAGUCAGCCAAACGAGCUGUGCAUCUAUCAGAUGUUGUCCUGAGAUUCUGCAUCACUGUUAGUCACCUUAAUAGAGCUUUGUACUUCGCCUGCGAUAAUGUCCUGUGGGCCGGAAAGUCUGGACUUGUUCCCCGUGUGGAUCAGGAGAAGUGGGCCCAGCGUUCAUUCAGGUACUAUCUUUUUUCCCUCAUCAUGAAUUUGAGCCGUGAUGCUUAUGAGAUUCGCCUACUGAUGGAACAAGAGUCUUCAGCUUGUAGCCGGCGACUGAAGGGUUCUGGAGGAGGAGUCCCAGGAGGAAUUGAAACUGGGGGCCCUGGGGGUCCAGGGACUCCAGGAGGAGCCCUGCCCCAAGUGGCUCUGAAGUUUCGGCUCCAAGUUCUGCUCCUGGCUCGGGUCCUUCGAGGUCAUCCCCCUCUUCUGCUGGAUGUGGUCAGAAAUGCCUGUGAUCUCUUCAUUCCACUGGACAAACUAGGCCUCUGGCGCUGUGGCCCUGGGAUUGUGGGGCUUUGUGGCCUCGUGUCCUCCAUCCUGUCUAUUCUCACCCUAAUUUACCCUUGGCUGCGACUCAAGCCCUGAUAUUCUGGUAUAGGAUAAAGAGGGGAACUGAAUUGAUGAUGUGGAAUUUUAGAUUGUUCCCAUGUACCAGCCUAAUUCUGACCCUACUCCUUGGUUAAAGUUAAAAUCCAGAGAUUCUGGAGGUAGAGGGAGGAGCUUAGGGGAGAUAAGAUGAGGAAAGAUAACUUGUGAGUUCAAUAGGUUGAUUCUGACAUUCAGAUCUGCUGGAGUUUUUGUUCUUUUCCUCCUUCAUUGCAUUGUCUUUGUCUUUCUUGACUCUUUACUGUGUCUCUUUUAAGUCUAUUUAAGAUUCUGUCUCUGCAUCUCUGUUUUACCUUCUCAAUCCCUUAUCAUAAGAGUUUAAUGAGCAACAGGAUUACUUUUUGGUAUGGGAGGUAGAAGGUAUGGUCUGUAAGGUUCCAACUGCCUUCUUUUUCCUCACCAAGGUGACUUGUGGCUGUUAUUUUUCCCUUUCAAACUCCAAAUCACAAUUUUAAAGGCUUUCUGUCCCAAUGGACUCUUCCCACGUGCACCAGAGGUAGUUUCAUGCUUCCUCUUCCUCUCUCAUGCCUACCUCAACAACCGCCCUCAUGAUUUGCCCUUAACCUUCCCUCUCUUCACACCUGCAGAUUUCUGCUUUCCCUUUGAUUUGAUUUCUGCUUUCCCUUUGUUUUAGCCUUUCCUUACCCCUUCUUUGCCUAUCCAGAAUGAUGCUGUGUCUAGCAUCUUACUGUAAAUACUGUACAAUGAUUCUGUGUAAAUAGCUGAGGCCCAUGCCCAUGAUGGAAAGCAAGCCUUCCAAGUUAGCAAAUUAAAGAUCAGUUUGCUCAUUGA